GGGGGGCCAGCCAGGUGCCGAGGUGCCCGCUCUCCCGGCGGCAUGGAGACAUGGUCCCGGCGCAGCGCUGCCUUCGACUGUGUGCCCCAGCCGGCAGCCUGCUGCCCUGACUGGAUGGCGGGGCUCCCCGACGCCCUGCCCCUCUCCCACCUCUCCAUCCCUGGCACCCACGAUUCCCUCAGCCUGUUCGGUGGCCGGCGCCUGCGGUGCCAGAGCUGGGGCCUGGAGGCCCAGCUGGCGGCCGGCAUCCGCUUCCUGGAUGUGCGCUGCAAGCUGUCGCGAGGGGAGCUCCGCAUCUACCACCUCUGCACCUUCCAGCGGGCCAGCCUGCGCGGCGUCCUGCGCCGCACCCUGCGCUUCCUCCGCGCCCACCCCGGCGAGGCCGUGCUUAUGCGCAUCAAGGAGGAGCUGCCCAUCUUCUCCCGGCCCGGCUUCGCUGCCCAGCUGCACCGCUGCCUGCUGGAAGAGGGACAGGGCUGCGUGUGGUGCCGGGAGGAGGUGCCCACGCUGGGCCAGGUGCGCGGGAAGAUAGUGGUGCUGGAGGCGCUGGCGCGGGAGGUGCUGGGCAUCCCCUACGAGCAGCUGAGCAUCAGCGACGCCUGGAACGUGCUCUCGCUGGAGCGCAAGUGGGCCCGAGUGCGGCGGCACCUGGAGAAGGCGGCCGGCGGAGACCCCAGCACCAUGUACCUCACCUUCUGCUCCGGCAACGGGCUCUUCACCUGCCCAGAGGAGGUGGCCCGCUUUGUGAACCCCCGCUGCUGCCAGCACCUGCGGCGCCGGGCCGGGCAGCCCGUGCGCUGGGGGGUGGUCAUCAUGGACUUCCCUGGCGCAGGCCUUCUCCGGCUCAUCGUGGAGAGCAACGGCCCGCGGGCCAAUGGACGCGGCACAGCGGCCCCCGGCACCCCCACGGUUCGGGCCCGGCACCGCCGCGGCACACGGGAGCGGGGCCGCGGCCCUCACAGCCCCGCACGCUGCCCGCGCCGCUGUCCCUCGGGGAGGACACUGCUCCCGGCCCCGCGCCUCGGCCCAAGGGCCUCCGGGCGUGGGGGGCAAAAGCGGGAUUCCAGGCCUUGCAGAGCAGCGGGAAGCGUUCGUGUGACGAUGGUGUGACAGUCGCGGAGGCAGCAGAGGAGGGCCGGAGCCGGGCAGGCCGGGGAGCUGCGCCCUGCCCUCAGAAGCCAGAAUGUCCUGGUGGAGCAGCAUCAAUUUCUUUGGAACUGGAAAAUGCAUGUGACCUGCAUGGCUCUUGUUUGGCUUUAGCUGGAAGUGAGCAGAGUAAUUUCUGCAGAAAACCCAGCCAAGGCAAUU